AACUCUGACUGACCUACUAAAGCAACCCACCCAAGUGGAACUUCUAAGUGAUGGACAUCGAGGUAGUGUCCAGGUACAAAUAACAGAGGUUAUACCAAGAUUAUCACCACGGAACAGUAUUGGUAAGACAUAAUAUUUAACAAAUGUUUAAAAUUAAUUCUUCUUCCACUGCUUAAUGUUUCAGCUCAGACCAGGUUAAAGAACACUAUAGUAUCAGUACAAACAUGUAUUCCUGAAACUAAUGCUGAAGUGACUGUUUAGGUUACUGGCCCACCUCUCUGUGAAGUAAAAAGGUGAUUUUACUCACCUUUUCUCCCACGCCAUGCCGGUCUCGACCCAGAUUUCCCCACCUCUGCAGUUCAUCAAUCUUGAUGAUUUCAACCGAUCCAAUGCAGAGCGUGGAGACGCAGAAUGCUAGUGCUGUGCAGCACUGAACUAGGAAGCACCUCUAGCGGCCUUCUGAGUGACAGUUGUUAUACAGUUGUUAUAGCUAGCAAUGUAAAACACUGCUUUUUCUCUGAAAAUGCAGUGGUUACAGUGAUAACACUGUAGGGACAUGCUAUCGAGAUCAGAACAACUACAUUAAGCUGUAGUGGUUCUGAUGAUUAUGUUAUCCCUUUUAAUUAACUAUAGUCUGAAAUUUAAAAUUCACAGUGAACUCAAGUAAAGAUACUCCUCGUUUACCGACUGUGUUCUGUUCUCACGACCCGGUCAUAAAACAAAUUGGUUGGUAAGUGAGGAGUUGAGGGAUUCCCUGCUCUGGUGAAUUGUGUAGGUUCAGGGAUAUAGACACCAAACAUAGACAAACGCACCAGAGCAGGGAAUCCCUGUAAUCUAUGUUCUGAGAAAUUACCCAGUCGGUAAUUUGAGGGAUUCCCUGCUCCCCGAACAUAGACAAGCGCACCAGAGCAGGGAAUCCCUCUUAUUUAUGUUCGAAAUAUCCCCGAACAUAGAUUUGAGGGAUUCACUGCUCUGCUGCAUUUGUCUAUGUGCAGGGAAAUUUCCCAGAACACAGACAAACGCAGCAGAGCAGGGAAUCCCUCUAAUCCCCACUGUGGCUCGCACUUACCCACACGCUGAAGAGCUGGUCGUAAAUACAGGUAGGUUAGUAAAAUGAGGACCACCUGUAAAUAUCAAUUGUUAGUUCAAAAUAGCUCCAAGUCAGCUAUGUUUUCAGUUUGGCUUGCAUUCACCAGUUCACUCUUUAGUGACUAAACUAUGUAUAGCUUGGAGGAAAGACAAGAUGGGUGGAUAGGAUAGAAACAUUUAAAUACAUAAAGGGAAUCAACACAGUAAAGGAGGAUACUAUAUUUAAAAGAACAAAAACUACCACAACAAGAAGACAUAGUCUUAAAUUAGAGGGGCAAAGGUUUAAAAAUAAUAUCAGGAAGUAUUACUUUACUGAGAGGGUAGUGGAUGCAUGGCAUAGCCUUCAAGCUGAAGUGGUAGAGGUUAACACUGUGAGGGAGUUUAAGCAUGCAUGGGGUAGGCAUAAGGCUAUCCUAACUAUAAGAUAAGGCUGGGGACUAAUGAAAGUAUUUAGAAAAUUGGGCAGACUAGAUGGGCCGAAUGGUUCUUAUCUACCGUCACAUUCUAUGUUUCUAAACCAAUAUAUACACAAAUGAUUAAGCAUUAAAUACUAUAAAUAAAUAAAUAAAUGGUAAGCCAUAUCUACAGUAAUAUGAACACAAUUUGGAACUAAAAAUAACGAAAAUUAACUAACUCACAGUGAAUCAAACAAAGUAUUUUGGAUCCAUUUGUUUCAUGAGUAUAUAAAAUUAGGGACUUACCUAUUUAAAAAACUGAAACCGCAGGGGACGGGUCUGGCAAUCAAGAUGGCCGGACGUGCAUACUCACAGCUCCGACAUUGCUCCGACAUUGCGGCCGAUAAACAUCACCUAAACGACAAUCUCCCUGCCAGAAAAUAACACUCCGAGACCCGGGGGCCGGUCCGCUCCCGAAAGGGCACACAUCGAAUAGGCCCUGCAGCCUAACCUGAGGCAAGGCGCACAAGGAUAUCGCAGGAGAGACGGCCGCCCUCCCUCGGUCACAGUGCGCAACUCCUCUCGGCAUGGGACCCCGUUCCCCCCUAUAGACCGGUCCCCUACGCCCCGCAGCAGACAUCAAAGCGGGCCCCAGCUGGCUUACCGCGUCAAAGGUAUGGGGAUGGUGGGCCUCUCAAGAUGGCGGCUGCACCCCAACGAACCUCAUCGACACGAGCACAGCCUGGGGGCCAGAUGCAAGCAGGUACUCACAUACAGACUGCUGGCAAACAAGAGACAAGAGGCCAAACCACAGACAUCUGCACAAAACGACUUACCCCCAGCGAAUGGGCAAUUGACUUUCAAACGAGAAUUGAGGCCAUAUGCAGGUGAUUCUGGGCUAGCCUGGAGGUCAAACACCAGCCUUUAAAAUCACCAACGGGCGGCACCACAGCUAACUCACCCACAACACCCACAAUGUGCAAUGUCAAUCAGCAGUGGCCAAGGCCAGUAAGGUAUUGUCAUGCAUGAAAAAGGGCAUUCAUUCUCGGGACAAGAAUAUAAUUUUGCCUCUUUAUAAAUCACUGGUAAGACCCUAUAUUGAAUAUGCUGUGCAAUUUUGGGCACCUGUUCUAAAGAAGGAUAUUAUGGCACUAGAAAAAGUGCAGAGGCGGGCUACAAAAUUAAUAAAAAGGAAUGGAACAUAUCGGCUAUGAAGAAAGGUUAACAAAUUUAAACCUAUUUAGUUUAGAAAAACGUCGCCUGAGAGGGGAUAUGAUAACAUUAUACAAAUAUAUUCGUGGCCAAUACAAACCAUUGUAUGGAAAUCUAUUCACAAACCGGACUUUACAUAGGACACGAGGCCAUGCGCUUAGACUGGAAGAAAGAAGAUUUUGUCUAAGGCAAAGGAAAGGUUUUUUUUACUGUAAGAACAAUCAGGAUGUGGAAUUCUCUGCCUGAAGAAGUGGUUUUAUCAGAGUCCAUACAGAUGUUCAAACAGCUACUAGAUGCAUACUUGCAAAAACAGAAUAUUCAAGGAUAUAAUCUUUCAAUGUAGGGUAAUAACUGCUUGAUCCAAGGAUAAAUCUGACUGCCAUUCUGUGGUCAAGAAGGAAUUUUUUUCCUAGCUUGUUGCAAAAUUGUGCUUCAAACUGGGUUUUUUUGCCUUCUUUUGGAUCAACAGCAAAAAACAAAUGUGAGGUAGGCUGAACUUGAUGGACGCAAGUCUCUUUUCAGCUAUGUAACUAUGUAACUAACUAUGUAACAUGACAACCAAACAGAGCUUCUUGCCCUAAAGAGCAACAGACCAGGGUGUAGCUGAGAGGGCCCCAAACUGGGCCCAGAGCCACACGGGGUGGGAACUAAACAUGCCACCCACAUCGGCGAAAGCACCAGCUGAAACACCAGAGUGGGAACCUAUGCAGCCACACACCACACCAAACACCUCAGCCACAUAACAAGAGGGCUGCAGAGGGCAAACGGCGCAACCCACUGUCAACUCACGGUGUCCACAGCACCAUCCCUCCCCCCCGGGAAAACCCAAGACUCCACAGGACCUCGGACACAAGGUAGCAGAAAACCGGCUACCCGACAAUCCUAAAGCGGGGGAAGCACCCCACACCCACCGCGCAACGCUGCGCAUAGCAAUGGAGCAUUAAAAAAUGUGUACAAAUCUGCUGAGUGGAAUAUAAAAUGCAACAGUUAUAUGUGGUGUAGGUACCCUGAUCUCUGUAAUAGUGCAGGAUUAUUGAGACAGUCACCAAAUAAUAUACUUUGUAAUAAAGAUGUGAGAAAAAAUAGUAGUAAAACAGUAUAUGGAACUGUCUACUAAAAUGCAGUACAUAUACUGCUUAAAAUUACUUAGAACCACUUGAACAGAACAGAUGAUAUAACUGGAUGAAUAAAAGCCAGUUUAUUGAACAUAAAAAUCAAAAAAGUAAUAAAAUAACAAUCUGGAACAGUUCACAAGAAUGUGGUCAGCAAAGUGGAGAUAAAAAGUAACAGUAAACCUGCGAAUCCGGCUAGGAUGGAUUUGGAUUCUGUUGUAGAUGUAAGCCCUCUGGGAACCUGCUGCCUGUGAGGAUGGCUUGCAGACCUCACUCUCAGCUGCAGACCUCACUCUGAGCGGCGAACACUGCUACGGUCCAGGGGUGUCAGAGGUCACUGGAUACGUGGAUCUCCUGCUGAUCUCUCAUCCGUGUCUGUAUCCUGUUAGAUCUGGGUGGUCUUGGUCUUACGCGUUUCGUGGGUGUCAGCCCCACUUCUUCAGAGAAUUGAUGACAUACACUGUUCAAGUGGUUAUUUUUAUACAUAUUUUACUCAAUGCCAAUAAAGGUACUAAUAGCAAUCAAUUGUCAGUUUAUACUGUAAUGAUAACCUCCCCCGCCCAGCAUUCCCAAAGGUAAGGAGGCUGGGGGGAUUGAAUUUUAAAAAAUAAAUGUGAGAGUGUUAGAGUGUGUGUGUGUGUGUGUGUGUGUGUGUCUGUUAGAGUGUGUGUGUGUGUCUGUUAGAAUGAGUGUGUGUGUCUGUUAGAAUGAUUGUGUGUGUCUGUUAGUGUGUGUGUGAGUGUGUCUGUUAGUGAGUGUGUGUGUUUGUGUGUGUCUGUUAGUGAGUGUGUAUGCGUGUCUGUUAGCCAGUGUAUAUGUGUCUGUCAGUUAAUUUGUGUGUGUGUGUAUUUAGAAGGUGGGGAAGGGGGGCAUGGUGGAAGGGGGGCAUGGGGGGCGUGUGAGUUUUGUCAUUCCUAGGGCAGCACAAAACCAGGAUACACCAUUGUCCUUAUGUGGGAUUGCCAUAUUUAAUGUGCCAAAAAAAAGAGCUCUUCUCAACUGAAAACUAUUUUUCACUAUUAACUUACUUUAACUAAUUUCUAACCACAGACAUUAAAGGCACUCUCCAGUGCCAGGAAAACAAUCUGUUUUCCUGGUAUUGCAGGUCCUCUCUCCCUCACACCUCCCAAUCCCCGGUUGCUGAAGGCGUGAAAACCCCUUCAGUCACUUACCAGAGACAGCGACAUGUUCCAUGUCGCUGUUUCUUCCUCCGCCGUCGCUCCUCUUCUGCUUUACGUCGGCCAGUGGGCGAGACUGAUCCCGCCCAUCGGCCGGGGAGAACUAAUGUGCAUGCGCGGCAAAGCCGUGCAUGGCCAUUAGAGCUCCCCAUAGGAAAGCAUUGAAAAUGCUUUUCAAUGCUUUCCUAUGGGGAAUUGAGCGACACUGUAAGUCCUUACACAGCGUGAGGACGUCCAGCGAUGCUCUAGCACAGGUUUUCUGUGCUAUUAAGCAGGAAGUGAAAAAAAGUUCGGGUUCGGGCUCGAACUUGACCCUGAACUUGACCCCGAACCCGAACCCCAUUGAAGUCAAUUUUUGGUCACAAAAAUGCCUCUAAAAAACUCCUGGGAAGGGUUUAGAGAUCUGCAAAAGGAAGUAAAAUGGGGGUAAGAGUAGGACAAGUGCCCUGCAAACAAAUGUGGAUAGAGAAAUCACUUAAAAUAACAUAAAAAAUAUAAAUACAGCUGAGCCAUAAAAUAGCACUAGAUGGAAUCUUUGAAUUUAGCUUUGGAAAAACAUAAAUCAAAAUCUAAAGCAUGGCUGUCAGGAGGAUCAACAGAAUUAUCCAUUUGAGAGAGGGUUGGAGUGCAGGGUAUUCUAUUUCAUUGUUCAAACUGAGCUCAACUUCUGAUGCAUUGAGAAAAGGCCUUCACAAGCCUCUGCUAUUGUGCACAUAGGUUGAGGAGGUGGUGACUGUGGCGGUGGAGGAUGAGGUAGCCAACACUAUAUUUUAUGUUAUUUUUUUUUAAAUGUGGUAGCCCACAAAAUAUUGGGACAUACAAAUUUGCGGCCUGCGGUGCAUUUCUUGCAGUCCUGAUGCAUAGAGAAAAGGCCUUCACAAGUCUCUGCUAAUGUGUACCUAGUUUUUACUAAGUGACCCAUAAGUUCAGGAGGCGGUGACCGUGGCGGUGGAGGAGGAGGAUGAGGUAGCCAACACAUUAUUUUUUUUAAAUUGGGGUUAGCCCCCAAAAUAUUGGGACACAUAAAAAAAGACAACUCUGUUCCGCAGAGUAGCUGUUGACAUUAUAGUUGCGCAGGAACUUUGUUGACUCUCGGGCAAAUCGCACAUCCCCGUGGUGGCGACUUUGCAUGCGGAUGUCAACUUUUGAUGCCGUUUCUGCGCCUACCAUGGUGACCACAGGUAACGGGGAAUCAGGGUUCCAUUCCAUACAGGGACCCUGAGAAACAGCUUCCACAUGCAAGGAAGGCAGCAGGCGCGCAAAUGACCCACUCCCGACGCGGGAAGGUAGUGACGACAAAUAAUACAGGUCUCUUUAGAGGCCCUGUAAUUGUAAUGAGUCCACUUGAAAUUCUUUAACUCUGAUCAAUUGGAGGGAAGUCUGGUGCAGAGCCACUGACCCGUGCGUGCUGCAGCUGAAACUCCACUAUCGCCUGCUGCUGCUCGCAAAGUCUCAUGAGGCGGUGAGCGGGAAGGCCAAAGUUACAGGGUGACAACACCAAAAGCGUUGGCAGCAGCUACAGUGAAUGUCACAUGCUGACAAUGUCUGGGUCCUGGUCACUGGACUGCCCACCUCACUGUGAAACUACGAAAGGAUUGUUAAAUCUGGUACGAACCCGAACUUUGCAGUUCGGGUUCGCUCAAGUCUAUUAUGGAUCCUUUGAUUGCUACAUGUAUUACUUGGAUAACUGGUAAUUCUCGAGCUAAUACAUGCCGACGAGCGCUAGGGGGCGACCGCUGCGCUUUUGCACCCUGCUCCCUGCUCCCUCCUAUGCUGUGCUGGUGCCUCUGUGCCACAGCGCCUCCAAACUGCACAUGUCACUCGCAUGACCUUGAUUCCAUGUUGGGUCUAGGACCUCAUCAUCCUCCACAUCAUCUUCCACCCACUCCUCAACCCUGCUCUCCUUGCCGAUAUGCACACUGCAGAAAGCCACAGCAGUUGGCACCUGCGUUUUUCCAGCAUGUAAAGUCUGCAAAGGACAUAUGGAAAUUGUUUAAGAAUUUCCUCCAGGCAACAGUUUUCCCUAUAAACUGACCUCUCAGUUUGACUUGUGAGGGUAUUGCCCCAGAAUUACAAUAUUGUUGAAGUACCUAUUGAUCACUGGUUUAAAUAUAGCAGCUUGUUAUCUGGUAGUUUCUAGUGUAGAAAAUAUCAAUCUGUUUUCUAUCACUUAGAUCUGUGUAACAAGUGUUGUAGGUGUAUUACAUGAUGUAGUAAAUUUGAAUCAAAGUUCCAUUUGCAAAAAAAAAUUCUUGCCCAUCUUCUCUGGGUUAUUGCAUUUUUAAGAUGUAGACUUAUUGUAUCACACUAUCCAUGCACAGGUAGAUUGUCUGGCACGUUGUUUUGGUGUUUGGUUUUUAAAGGACCACUCUAGGCACUCAGACCACUUCAGCUUAAUGAAGUGGUCUGGGUGCCAGGUCCAGCUAGGGUUAACCCAUUGUUUUAUAAACAUAGCAGUUUCAGAGAAACUGCUAUGUUUAGCAAUGGGUUAAGCCUUCCCCCAAAGCCUCUAGCGGCUGUCUCAUUGACAGCCGCUAGAGGCGCUUGCCUCAUUGACAGCCGCUAGAGGCGCUUGCGUGCUUCUCACUGUGAUUUUCACAGUGAGAGCACGCCAGCGUCCAUAGGAAAGCAUCGAUAAUGCUUUCCUAUGCGACCGGCUGAAUGCCCCCGCAGCUCUUGCCGAGCGUGCAAAGUUUUACCCCUUUUCCCCUUUCCAGAGCCGGGCGGGAGGGGGUCCCUGAGGGUGAGGGCACCCUCAGGGCACUAUAGUGCCAGGAAAACGAGUAUGUUUUCCUGGCACUAUAGUGGUCCUUUAACUUUGUCGUUGUGUCUUUACACAAUAUAGAAAUGUAUAUUAAUGCUUCUGUAUAUGAAGCGAGCACAAUAACACUUAUUUUUCACAUUUAAAAAAAAUAAAUCAGGCUACACAAAAAUUGGUAAUUCACAAUAUGACAUCUGAAAGGAUGCUGUAUGAUUUAAAAAAAAAAGAACACACUACAUGAAGGUCCUGUUCACUAGAGUGUGUAGUCAUGAAUGUAACCAGUAAAACCUUGUUGUUUACAGCCACUGGUUGGCCCAUACAUAUUUUAAAACUUGUUUAAUUUUGUUGUAGCAUGACUUGUAGAUAUGAAGAGCAGGCUCCAAAAUGUACUAUUUAGCAGUUUAGCACCAAAACAAUUAGAAUGUUUACCACUGCGCAGUAAGCGCAGUAUUAGACCCUUCUAUUUGACUCUCAGAUAUGAACAGGCCCCAAAAUGUACUAUUUAGCAGUUUAGCACCCAAACAAUUAGAAUGUUUACAUUUGCGCUGUAACUGCAGUAUUAGACGCUUCUAUUUGACUCUCAGAUAUGAAGAACAGGCCCCAAAAUGUACUAUUUAGCAGAUUAGCAGCAAAACAAUUAGAAUGUUUACAAGUGCGCAGUAAGCGCACUAUUUGACGCUUCUAUUUGACACUCAGAUAUGAAGUGAACACCCCAAAUAUACUAUUUAGCGUCCCCAAAAAAUUGACUUUUUAAAACAACAAUAUAUGCAGCAGAUUAGCAGCAAAACAAUUAGAAUAUUUACAAGUGUGCAGAAAGCACACUAUUAGACGCUUUGAUUUGACUCUCAGAUAUGAAGAGCAGGCCACAAAAUGUACUAUUUAGCAGAUUCGCACACAUCAUUUUCCACCCACUUCUCAACCCUGCCCUCCUUGCAGUUGGCACCUGUGUUUUUCCAGCAUGUAAAGUCUGCAAAGGACAUAUGGAAAUUGUUUUAGAAUUUCCUCCAGGCACCAGUUUUCCCUAUAAACUGACCUCUCAGUUUGACUUGUGAGGGUAUUGCUCCAGAAUUACAAUAUUGUUGAAGAAUCUCUAAGCUAUUGAUCACUGGUUAAAAUAUAGCAGCUUGUUAUCUGGUAGUUUCUAGUGUAGAAAAUAUCAAUCUUUUUAUCACUUAGAUCUGUGUAACAAGUGUUGUAGGUGUGAAACAAUAUUACAAGUGACCGAUGUAGUAAAUUCGAAACAGUUACGCUUCUAUUUGACUCUCAGAUAUGAAGUGAACAGCCCAAAUAUCCUAUUUAGCCCCCCCCCCCCAAAAGAAAUUGACUUUUUAAAACUCCAAUGUAAGCAGCAGAUUAGCAGCAAAACAAUUAGAAUGUUUACAAGUGCGCAGUAAGCACACUAUUAGACUCUUGGAUUUGACUCUCAGAUAUGAAGAACAGGCCCCAAAAUGUAUUAUUUAGCAGAUUAGCAGAAAAACAAUUAGAAUGUUUACAAGUGCGCAGUAAGCACACUAUUAGACGCUUCGAUUUGACUUUCAGAUAUGAAGAACAGGCCCCAAAAUGUACUAUUUAGCAGAUUAGUAGCAAAACAAUUAGAAUGUUUACAAGUGCCCAGUAAGCGCACUAUUUGACGCCUCUAUUUGACUCUCAGAUAUGAAGUGAACACCCCAAAUAUACUAUUUAGCACCCAAAAACAUUGACUUUUUAAAACUUCAAUGUAAGCAGCAGAUUAGCAGCAAAACAAUAAGAAUGUUUACAAGUGCGCAGAAAGCACACUAUUAGACGCUUCGAUUUGACUCUCAGAUAUGAAGAGCAGGCCACAAAAUGUACUAUUUAGCAGAUUAGCACACAUCAUUUUCCACUCACUCCUCAACCCUGCCCUCCUUGCCGCUAUUCACACUGCAGAAAGCCACAGCAGUUGGCAACUGUGUUUUUCCAGCAUGUAAAGUCUGCAAAGGACAUAUGGAAAUUGUUUUAGAAUUUCCUCCAGGCACCAGUUUUCCUCUAUAUACUGACCUCUCAUUUUUACUUGUGAGGAUAUUGCCCUAGAAUUACAAUAUUGUUGAAGAACCUCUUAGCUAUUGAUAACUGGUUUAAAUAUAGCAGCUUGUUAUCUGGUAGUUUCUAGUGUAGAAAAUAUCAAUCUUUUUAUCACUUAGAUCUGUGUAACAAGUGUUGUAGGUGUGAAACAAUAUACAAGUUGCCAAUGUAUUAAAUUUGAAUCAAAGUUACGCUUCGAUUUGACUCUCAGAUAUGAAGUGAACACCCCAAAUAUACCAUUUAGCCCCCCCGAAAAGAAAUUGACUUUUUAAAACUCCAAUGUAAGCAGCAGAUUAACAGCAAAACAAUUAGAAUGUUUACAAGUGCGCAGUAAGCGCACUAUUAGACGCUUCGAUUUGACUCUCAGAUAUGAAGAACAGGCCCCAAAAUGUACUAUUUAGCAGAUUAGCAGCAAAAUAAUUAGAAUGUUUACAAGUGCGCAGUAAGCACACUCUUAGACGCUUCGAUUUGACUCUCAGAUAUGAAGAACAGGCCCCAAAAUGUACUAUUUAGAAGAUUAGCACCCAGAAAAUAAGAAUGUUUACCACUGCGCUGUAAGCACACUAGUAGACACUUCGAUUUGACUCUCAGAUAUGAAGUGCACCCCACUAAAAUACUAUUUAGCAGUUUAGGACCCCAAAAAAUUGUAAGUUUUAAAACUGCAAUGUGACAGUAGUAUUUGACGCUUCUAUUUGACUCUCAGAUAUGAAGUGCAUCCCACCCCACUAAUGUAUUAGUUUGCAGAAUUCUUUCCUAAACUGUCUCUAUCAGCGGCAACAUCCUCUCCCUACACUAAUAAGACCGCAUGUGCGUGAGGCGCUACGCGACUCCAGUUUAUAUAUAGAGGCUGGGUCACAUGCUGCACUGGCCAAUCACAGCCAUGCCAUUAGUAGGCAUGGCUGUGAUGGCUUCUAAGGGCACACGAGUCAAACGCUUGUUGAUUGGCUGCCCUGCAGCCUUUGAAAAUACGCCAUUAAAUCGCUGAACACCGAACUCCAACCCGAACAUACAGUGAUAUGUCCGUGUUCGGGUCCGGGGUCCAAAAAACCUAAUGUUCGGUACGAACCCGAACUUUUCAGUUCGGGUUCGCUCAACUCUAGUCUGUAAUUUUUAAAAAAUUUUUUGCAGUGCAAAUGAAUACAACAGGCGAGCAUGAGGUACCCCGACGGCAUUCCUCAUGCGUAAUAUCAAACUUUACAAUAGGAGUUUCUGAUAGUACAUGCACCAUUUUACAUUUUAUAACGAAGAAGAAAAGUCACAGGUUAGGUAGGUAAACAUUUCAAGAUUCGAACAGGCAUAUAAUAGGAUUCUGUGCUAAUCUGUGUGCCGGAUUAUAUACAUACAUGCUUUGAGUGUCAGGUUUAGAUGAGAUAGUGUACUUGGCCUUUGCCGCUUUUAAGUUAUGAACAUACUAGUGCUGUAUAUGCAAGCUUAGAAUGGGAAAUAAAUAAGCUUAAACAUGCUCAAACCUAAGGUUUAAACCCAAGAUGGCACACCAGCUUGAUAAAGGAUGUUUGAGUCUGGAGUGACAGAUUGUUAUGAGUAAAUUACGACACCAUUAGUCAGGAUGAUCUUCACAGCAGGUAACCCCCGGUGGGGGUGAAUGGUUGCGCCUGGGUAAGGAGCUUUCAACGGUCUUAUGGUGAUUGUAGACCCUGGAUCAGUCGAUGCCACUCAAGCCCUCUCCCUCUCUUGUGGCAGAAUCUUGCGGUCCUGGGUGGAGCCUAGUGCUUCACUGUUCUUUAGCUGCCGCUGCGUUCUGUGUGCCGGUGCUUAAUGAUAGUGGGAUAGUGGGCUGCUUGUCGUGGGGCACUCUCCACUGUUUGUUACCGUUAGUUGGUUGCCACUGACCUCUUCUGCUUCCUCUGCUCCGUCGCUGCACAGAGCUUGUCAGCCGCCUGCUGCUCUGUUGUGUGGGGCAGCUUGUGGGGCAUGUGAUGCGGGUUGCCACCAUCUUGGAUGUGUGGAGCAUUGUGGCAUUCUCCCGCCCCAGUCAUCCUACCAGGGCCCGCUUGUGUGAUGACAGGCUUGUGUGGGUGCCGUGGUGGACCGUGGUAACCCCCAGCAGUCCAAGGGGUGGAGAGGUCUGCGUCUGCAGGACUUCAGGGUUGGAUGACCAGCCGCGUCCUCCGCCCCGCAUCAACUGCUAGGCCGCAAGUCGGACCUGCCUGUGUGUCCGGAGACUCCCUGCUUUGCCAAACUGGUCCUGCUGUGGGUUUGGUGAAGCGGGUAAGUAUGUCGCCCGUUUGGCUUGUUCACUUUGCGGUCUGGAUGGCUUAAAGUUUGCCUUUUUGCAGGAGCACCGGUGUCAUGCGACUUCUCCGCAUGGCGGUCAAGCUCCGCCCCUGGUCUGUAAUUUGACAUAUGAUUUAUGACAGUUUGUUUUGUACAAUUUCUGAAAAAAAAAGAAUCCAUAAAAAAUAAAUAUAAUGAUUUGGCUAGUAUCACACAAAGCUCUUUAAAGUGUUACUUCAAGCACCAUGACCACUUUAGGGAUUUGAAGUUUAAAGUUUAAGCCCUUUACUGCUGGAGGUGUAACUUCAACUCUGUCAGCAUCAUUGGGGCAUCAUUGGCAAAUGUUAAUUCUGUGUAUCAACAACUAGGCAUGUGCAUGGGGAAAAUUUUCGGUUCGGUUUGGCAUUCCGAAAUUCGGGACUUUCGCAAUUCGGGACUUCGGCAAUUCGGCACUUUAACACUUUGGAACUUUGGCAACUUUGGGACUUCGGCACUUCGACACUUCUGAACUUCGGAAUUUCUGAACUUCGGCAUUUCGGGAAUUCGUCACUUCGGACAGCCGCUUGGUAGAUAACUCCCUAAUUCCCACGGUAUUAGUAAAUUUUGCCCCUACUCACUAUACCGCGAGUAGGGGCAUGUCUAGUAAACAGUGAGCAGCCUCUAGCUGCUCACUGUUAACAAAACAAAAAAACAAUAGGGUCCCCCCUCCCGAGCCCCCACCCGCAACAUGCGAGUGGGGGCUUUUAAAAUGUAAAAUGAUGGGGGGGGGGGACCUAUUGUUCUCCCCCCUGGCCCCCACCCCUGAGUAGCAGGUGGGGGCCCUACAGUAAAAUAAGGGGGGGGGAACCUAAUUGAGCGGCGGGUGGGGGCCCAAAAUACUAAUAAGGGGGGACCUAAUGUCCUCCCCCCUGGCCCCACCCCUGAGCGGCGGGUGGGGGCCCUAAAUUGGAAUACAGGGGGACCUAAUGUCCCUUCCCCCAUUAUUAGUAUUUAGGGCCCCCACCCACCGCUCAGGAGUGGGGGCCAGGGGGGAGGACAUUAGGUCCCCCCUUAUUAGUAUUUUGGGCCUCUAACCGCCGCUCAAGGAUGGGGGUCAGGGGGGAGGACAUUAGGUCCCCCCCUAUUCCAAUUUAGAGACCCCAUCCGCUGCUCAAGGGUGGGGGCCAGGGGGGAGGACAUUAGGUCCCCCCCUUAUUGGUAUUUAGGGCCCCCACCCAUGGCUCAGGGGUGGGGGCCAAGGGGAGGACAUUAGGUCCCCCCCUUAUUAGUAUUUAGGGCCCCCACCCACUGCUCUGGAGUGGGGGCCAGGGGGAGGACAUUAGGUCCCCUCCUUAUUGGUAUUUAGGGCCCCCACCCAUGGCUCAGGGGUGGGGGCCAAGGGGAGGACAUUAGGUCCCCCCCUUAUUAGUAUUUAGGGCCCCCACCCACCGCUCUGGAGUGGGGGCCAGGGGGAAGACAUUAGGCCCCCCUUAUUCUGAUUUAGGGCCCCCACCCGCCGCUCAGGGGUGGGGGCCCGGGGGUGGACAAUAGGUCCCCCCCCAUUAUUUUACAUUAGUAAAGACAUUAGCAAGACAAACAAAACAAAAUGUAAAAAAAAAGGUCCCCUCUAGGGGGCCCCACCCUGGCCCGGGUGGGGGCUGUUCCCACUGUUUUGUUUGUCUUUCUUGACCUCUAAGUGAGGGGCAAAAUUGACUAAUAUUAGAGUAAUCUUUACUUAGUAUUAGUAAAUGUGGCUGAAAGACCAAUUUAGGUCUUUCAGCCUUUUAGUAGAUAGCUCCCUAAUACCGUGGGAAUUAGGGAGUUAUCUACUUAUUCAUUCCUGUCAUUACAUUGACUGGCCAAGUAACUUAAAUUUUAUAUAAAUGUAUGUUACUUGAUUGUUGUAAGUGUUGCAAAUGCUUACAGCGGAAUCCUAGCUAUGUUUGUAUACUUUUUAUUUAAAAUUGUAUAGAAUGGAACAUUCUUCUUCUUUCACUGGGUAAGUAUAUUAGUACUUAGGCAAUACUGUGCUUCGGAACUUCGGCACUUUGACACUUCGGCACUUCGACACUUAAAUUCAGUAAUUUCGGAACCUCGGCAAUUCGGACAUUCGGAAGUACCCGGAUGUCCAAAUUGACCGAAAUUCGUCCGAAUUCAUAUUCGGACCGAAAUGAAUUGCACAUGUCUAUCAACAACCAACUUCUGCAGCUCUGCAGAAGCCAGAUGUCAUAAGCUAGCAGGAGAGAAGACUCGGUGCCUCACCAUCAUAAUCACUACAUCAGCCAAUAGUACUCGGUGAAUACCAUCUCGUUUUAUUUACAUUAAUUUUACUUAUUUUUUAAAUUCUUUAUCCUGUGUCAGCGUAUUACAUGUUUGCUCCAACAGUUUAGCAACAGUGGUUGGCUUAUAUGCAACUUUUCUUUCUUUCUUGUUGUAUAUUGAAGAAUUCAAUGUAUUUAACAUAUCUACCUUUUCCUGAUACUCAUUAAAGGGACACUCCAUGCUCCAUAACAACUACAGCUCCUGUUGUGGAUAUAUUGCCACUGUGGUGCCCUCCCAAGGUUAGUAGUCAAACCAUUUAAGAAUCUUUCACAACUUACCUGAAGUCCACCAGAGGCCGUUGUUUCCUUCUGUGAAGUUGAAAGAUCCUCCGCUGAGCUAGUAGAGCAAAGCUCUAAUUGGUGAGCUUCAACUCUUAACACAGUAGAGUCUUAUUAAAACAGUUUUUUGGUUGGAGUAACACUUUAAAAGUUAUGGAAAUGUAUCCUUUAUUUUCCUUUUUUACCUCUCAAUUAGAACAGGUUUGUUACACCCAUUGUUGCUGUUUCAUUAUAUUUUUAGAUAUUUAUGUUGAUCUCUUCCUUCCCAACAGAUCAUACAAAUUUUAAUAACAUGGAUUUGACAUCCCCACUGCUUCCCCAGAUUGGUCUCUCACAUACUCACAACAACCGUGCACAGCUUGUUCCUGGUGCUUCCAUGCAAGAUGAUGACUAUACGUUUUCAACCAAAAAAGUAGCUG